UAAGACUCAAAUUUGCAUCCUCCGUUGUAAAUAAACUUUGUCAAUUUUAGAUUUACUUAGGGUAAACUUAAAGUAAAACUCAAGAUGGCUUUAAUGACGGAAGAACGAAGAAAGGAAAUGGAAGAGGAGAUGAGCAGGUUUGAACUUGAAAUUGCUACUCCCUCUGAAAUAAAGACUCCAUCAUUAUCUGAAGUUUUUACAGCUUCUAAUAGCAAACCAUUGUCACCACCACCUGGACCACCCCCUUCAGUCUUAAUUCCAGAAGUAUUGGCUGCUGCUGCAGCACCACCUCCUCCCCCUCCAUUGUCGCCACCUAUUCGCAGUGUUUUGCAACCACCUCCACCACCACCUAUGACCCAACAACGACUUCCGAUGACUGCUGGCUCAGUACGGUUCAUCCCACAUCAGCUUCAAAGAGUUCCUCCAAGACCUCCUCAAAUACGACAAAGCUUCAUACAAGUGAGAGGACCUCCUAUGGGGGGUCCGCCUUCUCACUAUCAUCAUCCUUUUGGUCCACCAAUGAAUCAAGGACAUGCUAUGGGUGGACCACCUAUGCCAGGUCAUCCUAUGCCUCCAGUUGGUGCCAUGCAUCCUAUGUCUCAUAUGCAGAUGCAACCUCCACAAAUGCCUCCACCAAUGGGAGGCAUGGGUGUAUCUUUGCCUGUGCCUCCAGGAUUUGGUCCUCCAUCUGCAGGUCAAAUGGGACCAGGGAUGAAUAUGCCAUGUGAACCUCAACAGUUUAUGCCAAAUAAUAUGGCACAAAAUUUUGACUCGACGGUGUCCUCAGUGUCGGAUGAAAAUGCAACCAUUGUCGAAUCUGCACCUGCAAUUUAUGCAGCUCCAUUUAUGAAGACCCAGUCUGAAAUUUUCUCUGAAUCCAUAGCAUCAUCUAAUGGGCAAGAACAUUCUGUGAAUACAACAGUCACAACAACGACUUAUAGGACAGAAAAACCAACUAUAAAAAGUUCUGAAGAAAGCCAUUUUACAGCUCCAGUUACUACUCCUGUUCCUGGAGAAGAAGUUGUUGUAAGCAAGAAAAAAGAAAAGAAAAAAAAGACGUUUCGAAUGGCUGGUGGGCAAACGUGGGAAGACAGUUCAUUAAUGGAAUGGGAAAAUGAUGACUUCCGAAUAUUCUGUGGAGAUUUAGGAAAUGAUGUUACAGAUGAAGUUUUGAUCAGAGCAUUCAGCAAAUAUACGUCAUUUGUAAAAGCUAAAGUUAUCAGAGAUAAAAGAACAAAUAAAACCAAAGGCUAUGGCUUUGUCAGUUUUAAAGACCCUCAAGAUUUUAUCAAAGCAAUGCGAGAAAUGAAUGGAAGAUAUGUUGGCAGCAGGCCAAUAAAAUUGAGAAAGAGCACGUGGAGAGACAGGAACAUAGAUGUUGUGAAGAAAAAACAACGAGAAAAGGAGAAACUGGGACUUUUAUAAUGUGUAACGGUCUUUGAAAAAAAAAAAAAAAUUACAGCGGAAAAUGGGUUUUCUUCGAUUUUCAAACAGACUCAAGCCCGGCCGUCAUACAUUUGAGACAUUCA